CCAAUGCCAGGCAGAGUGAUGCCACCGACAGGGAGGGGAAUGGACAACAAAGGCCCAAAACAAAAAAUGUCACAAGAGGUUGAACAAACAUCUGCAUAUUGUGACAAUUCUCCAGCAAAAAAGAAAAAAGCACCCAGUAGUAAAACACCAGCUUCAUACUCUUCAGAUUUGUUUGAGGCUGAACUUGCAGGUGCAAAUAGAGAGGUCAACAUGCUAUUUUCCAAAUACUCUGAAGUGUUGAGUGAGAGGGCUGCAAUAGAUGCCUCACAAGUUAGGGAGUUGGAAGACAUAUUGAUGGAGGCCAGAAACUUGGAGUCACACCUGAAAGAGAAGAAAGAACACUUGAGGCGUACCUUGGCUCUUAUUUCUGACAAACUGCAGGGAUAGACUAGCAACACAGGC